UUCAGUUAUCCUGUGAUUUCCAAGCUAAACGCAUGUGGCGUGGCAUCAAGAUCGUCCAUUUUAGCAGUAUACGCAGCCAGGAUGAACAGUAGUGCAACCAAGGAAAACUCGACGAUGAGCAACGUAAUAUCGGCUUCGGCAAAGACCUCAGGGAUGGUGGCCACAAAGCCAUCGGUAGCCCCGAGUUCGACGAGCAAGCCUUACGGCAAGAUAGUACUGACCUUAAAGAAUUGCCUGUUGUCCGACGAUAAGCUCAUGACGACGCCGUCGAGCGCCGAUGGCCUGGACGCCGAGACAGAGACCGAUCUAAGGAUCCUUGGAUGCGAGCUCGUUCAGACCGCAGGCAUUCUACUUAAAUUGCCCCAGGUUGCAAUGGCCACAGGACAAGUUCUUUUCCAACGAUUUUAUUAUAGUAAAUCAUUAGUCAGGCAUGAUAUGGAAACCACAGCAAUGGCUUGUUUAUGUCUAGCUAGCAAAAUUGAGGAAGAUCCCAGGCACAUACGGGAUGUUAUUAAUGUCUUCAAUCACAUCAAACAAGUAGCAAAUCAAAAACCAAUAACUCCGGUGAUACUUGACCAGAACUAUAUAAUGCGCAAGAGUCAAGUGAUCAAGGCUGAAAGACGGGUGCUCAAGGAAUUAGGUUUCUGUGUGCAUGUUAAACAUCCGCACAAGAUUAUCGUGAUGUAUCUGCAGAUGCUUGGUUAUGAAAAAAACGUAGAACUCAUGCAGCUCUGCUGGAAUUAUAUGAACGACUCGCUACGUUCUGACGUAUUUCUCAGAUAUGAGCCAGAAACGGUAGCCUGCGCUUGCAUCUACCUUGCCGCUCGCGAGCGUCAAAUGCCGCUGCCUAGUCAGCCAGCUUGGUAUUGGCUUUUUGAAGUUACUGAAAAUGCAAUCAGAGAUAUUUGCAGGCGCAUCUUACGACUGUACACUAGGCCCAAAGUUAAGGCAGAACUUUUGGAAAAACGCGUUGAGGAGCUGAAAAAGCAGUACGAAGAGGCUAGGACUAAAUCUAGAACAACGGAUGCUGAUGGACACACGCCGAGUCCUCCGUUGCCCAAGUCUUACAACGCCUGGAGUGGAUUCAUCAGUAGAACCGGCUCUCACGCGGCACCCGACAGGAUAAAGUCACCAAAGAAAUCGGCAUCAAACACGCCCAUAAGAGAAGACGUCCUUAAACAUUCCAAACGGAAAAAGCGUAGCAGAAGCAGAUCUCACAGUCACGAAACGUCACGGAAAAUGAAAAAAAAUCAUAGAUCAAGUAGCCACAAAUCGUCGAGAAGCCGCUACCGAUCUAGAAGUCGAUCGCGGGAACGCGAAACCGACAAAUCAAAACAUCGCAGCAAACAUCGUCGCCAUUGAUGUUAAAAAAAUAAAAAACACAUUAAUAAUGGACUUUACCAAGAUUUUAUAUUAAAAUCGUUUUUAUAAUUACAUUGACUAGCAACGCAUUGUUAGUGCCGUCACACAUACUUGUAAAUAUUGUAUUCUUUAUCCGCUCGGACGAACAAAUUUACUCCAACGUUUCAAACAUAAUUCGUUGUGUGAUAUAAUUUAGUUAUUUUUUAUGAAGUACGAUAGUCCUAUGAUAAUUGUAUAAUCUAUUGAACUGUUUGAAAGAUACAAAAAAAAGAAUUUAGACAAUUGAAAAAGUACCAUUGUAUUUUUAAAAGGAGAGUGUAAAUAACGAAGAA